CGCCAAACUCUACUCAUCCACGCCAUCACAUGACUAAUCCAUCCAUACCUACGCAUUCAUGCCAUCCUCGCCCUAUAUAAACCCUACACACUUUCCACCAUAUCCACACCACCAAAAUGUCCAUCUCCUUCACGUCUUCCUCUGCAAUUCCAACAUUUUUGCUGAUAUUCUUACUCAGUUCAGCCAUAGCUGAUGAUACAGUUCCGAAAAAAAUUGGUAAUGGCUACCGCUUGGUUUCCAUCCAAAAAUCCUCCAAUGGUGGCCUCGUCGGCUUACUUCAGCUCAAACAGGAAAACAACAUCUACGGCGCCGAUAUCCCCCAACUUAAGCUCUCCGUCAAGCACGAGAGUGGUAGCCGUUUGAGAGUCCACAUCACCGACGCGGAGAAGCAGAGGUGGGAGGUUCCGUACAAUCUGCUGCCGCGGGAGAAGCCGCCGGCGCUCGGCCGCGGGAGGAAGCUGGAGGCGUCGGAAUACGCGGGAAAGGAGCUUAUCUUCGCGUACACUAGCGAUCCGUUCAGCUUCUCCGUUUCACGCAGAUCCAACGGCCAGAUUCUGUUCGACUCACGCGCGGAAGCAUCCGAUCCGUACAGCGAUUUGGUGUUCAAAGAGCAGUAUCUAGAAAUAUCGACGAAAUUGCCGAGUAACGGUUCGCUGUAUGGACUGGGGGAGAACACGCAGCCGCACGGGAUUAAGCUGUACCCUAACGAUCCGUACACUCUGUACACCACGGAUGUAUCGGCGAUUAAUCUGAAUGUGGAUUUGUACGGGUCCCACCCGGUGUAUAUGGAGGUGAGGAAUGAUGGUGGAGAAGCGAGCGCUCACGCGGUUCUGCUGCUCAACAGUAACGGGAUGGAUGUUUUCUACAGGGGAGAUUCGUUGACGUAUAAGGUAAUUGGGGGUGUUUUCGACCUUUACUUCUUCUCUGGCCCCACGCCACUCGCCGUCGUCGAUCAGUACACCGCCUUUGUUGGCCGCCCGGCGCCUAUGCCCUACUGGGCUUUCGGUUUCCAUCAAUGCAGAUGGGGAUACCACAACUUAUCAGUUGUGGAAGACGUCGUCGACAGCUACAAGAGAGCGAAGAUCCCACUCGACGUGAUAUGGAACGAUGACGAUCACAUGGACGGACACAAGGACUUCACUCUCAACCCUCAAAACUACCCCCGUCCCAAGCUUCUUGCUUUUUUGGAAAAGAUCCAUGCCCAAGGCAUGAAGUAUAUUGUCAUCAUAGACCCUGGGAUCGGCGUCAACACCACCUAUGGCGUCUACCAGCGCGGCCUUGCCAGCGACGUCUUCAUCAAGUACCACGGCCAGCCCUUCCUCGCCCAAGUCUGGCCCGGAGCUGUCAACUUCCCUGACUUCCUCAACCCAAAGACAGUCCAGUGGUGGGGCGAUGAAGUCCGUCGUUUCCACGAGCUUGUUCCUGUUGACGGCCUUUGGAUUGACAUGAAUGAGGCCUCCAACUUCUGCAACGGCCUGUGCACCAUCCCACACGACAGGAUCUGCCCCAACGGGACAGGACCGGGCUGGGAGUGUUGCCUCGACUGCAAGAACAUCACCUCCACAAGGUGGGACGACCCGCCCUACAAGAUCAAUGCAUCGGGUAUACAAGCACCUAUAGGCUACAAGACCAUCGCAACGAGUGCUUAUCACUACAAUGGUGUGUUGGAGUACGAUGCUCACAGUUUGUACGGGUUCUCACAGUCGAUCGCCACCCACAAGGCGCUGCAGGGGCUGCAGGGGAAGCGCCCGUUCAUUUUAUCGCGCUCCACCUACGUCGGUUCAGGGAAGUACGCGGCACAUUGGACAGGGGAUAACAAGGGGACAUGGGAGGAUUUGAAGUACUCAAUCUCCACAAUGCUCAACUUUGGCAUAUUUGGUGUUCCAAUGGUGGGGUCAGACAUCUGUGGAUUCUACCCUGCUCCAACGGAGGAGCUCUGCAAUCGCUGGAUCGAGCUCGGGGCAUUCUACCCCUUCUCAAGAGAUCAUGCAAACUUCUACUCUCCUAGACAAGAGCUUUACCAGUGGGAGUCAGUUGCAGAGUCAGCAAGAAACGCUUUAGGCAUGAGGUACAAGCUUCUGCCUUAUCUCUACACGCUCAGCUACGAGGCUCACACCACGGGCGCGCCCAUCGCCCGUCCAUUGUUCUUCACCUUCCCAAACGAGGCCAAACUAUACGAUCUAAGCACCCAAUUCCUUCUUGGGAGCAAUGUGAUGGUGUCCCCUGUUCUUGAACCAAACAAGACGACGGUCGAGGCAGUGUUCCCUCCAGGCAGCUGGUACGACAUGUUCGAUCUUGCAAAGGUGAUAGCGUCGAAAGACUUGAGCCCCGUGGUGCUGGAUGCGCCGCUACAUACUAUCAACGUGCAUUUGUAUGAAAACGCCAUAAUCCCAAUGCAGCAGGGAGGGUUGAUAUCUAAGGAAGCAAGAACCACGCCUUUCACACUAGUUGUUGCCUUCCCGCUCGGGGCCAAGAAAAGCAAGUGCGAGGGGAGGCUCUUCCUCGACGACGACGAGCUGCCAGAGAUGAAGGUGGCGGCAGGGACAUCGACCUAUGUAGAGCUGUAUGCCAAGGUGAGUAAUGGCAAGGUAAAGGUGUGGUCCAAGGUUCGAGAAGGCGAGUUCGCGGUAGAUAAGGGUUUGAUUGUGGGGAAAGUGGUUGUGCUUGGGUUACAGGGGAGCGCUGCUAGUAGCGCCGUUGAAGUUGAGGUGGAAGGGAGGGCGGUGGCGGAUGCUUCUGCAGCGGAGGUGAGCACAUUGGAGCAUCGGAUGGCGAUGGAGGCAGAAGCAGUGGGGGAGAGGAAGCAUGUUAUGGUGGAGAUCGGAGGGUUGGAGCUGCCUGUAGGGAAGAAGUUUAGUAUGACAUGGAAGAUGAGAAUCAAAGGCUGAGGAUUCAUUCUUAGUAUGUAAUUGCAAUUAAUUUAUCUCUAAUUUGUUAUGCUGUAGAUCUACUGAUACUGAGUGGGGAAUUUAGGUUGUCAAUGGUGAGGAGAUGAAGGUGGAACAUUUUACAUUUCA